AUGGUUCUGAUCCAGAGCCACCCGAUCCUCGAGAGGUUCCGGAACGCGCGGACGCCCGGAGACCGUAUCCAGGCCCUGCAGGCCCUGAAGAACGACACGGUCGGUCACGUGCUGAAAAAGAGCAGAUGGGUCGAGCUGGGCGUGUUGCGGCCAGUUGUCCGCUGCGUCGGGCUCUCGCGAUCGGCCAGCCGACACGGUGACAGCCACGGCCGUCAGGACAGCAGCCGGCGGCCAUCGUCGGCUACGCCGCCAGACAGCCUGUCACAAGUGGACCUGGCCCGGCUGCAGGCUCUCGAGCUGCUGGGCGUAUUUGCCAGUGGCGGUCCGUCCUUCCUCGCUCCUCUUCACGCGGCCGGCGCGUUGCCAGCCAUUUUGUCCUGCAUCGACCCUCUCACAAGCCACCCACGACUCGUCUAUGCGGCUCUGCGGGCUAUGGUCACCAUGUCCAAGGCGGCCACGCUGGUCAACUCGUCGCCGCUGUCGGCUGCACCACCACCGCCCCUCACUGUGGUCACGCUGGCCGACGCGCUCUUCUCGAACCAUCACCUCGGCGCGCUGCACAACAUCAUCUCGGCGCCCCAGCAGCAGCAGCACUGGUGGGCCGAGUCGAUCGCCAACAUUGCCAUGGGCCUGAUCGGGCCGCUCUGCCGCGAGGAACGGCACCAGGUGGCGCUGGCCAAUGCCGGCAUCCUCGACGACCUCGCCGUCAAGGUGGCGAGCCUCGUGGUGGCACGCGGCCAGGUGAUUCCGGGGGCCGAGAUCACAGCCGAGAAGGAGGGCCUGCGCGAGGCGAUUCCGGAAGCGGCGUCGCCGCGGAUGGACGUGGCGGCGCUGUUGUUGGCAGUGACGGCAAUCGUGGGCGACUCGAGGCUGCGCGCCUGCAUGAUGCUGUACUCGCCGUCGAUCCUGGCCAUCUUUCCGCAGAUCGCGUUUGAGAGCUCGGCCAACGACAUUUACGCGGCGUGGAACGCGCUCUGUAUGGGCGGACUCAGCAACCUGCACGAACAGCCGCUGGGGGCACUGGACCUGCUGCUACCGGCCAUCCCAUCGCAGCAGUCGCGGGCGUACUUUGCCCAGAGCUCGCCGUUCCCACCGCUGGGCGUGUCCCUGUCGCGCGACAACCUGGCGGCACUCGGACUCGGCGGUAGCACCGGCAAGCGCUCGGGCUCACAUAGCCAGCCACUGCCUGGUUGGGCCGUGAUGUCGCGCGAGUCGACUUCGCCGCUGGCACCUGAGUGGGAGGCUGUCGAGGCCGAGAGCCCCAUGAUCCCCUGGCUCCUCGGCCUGGUGCGGUCGUCGUCCGGCAUGAUCCGGCUGGCGGCCGCGUCCGUUCUGACGUCGCUGUUUCGCGCCCAGCUGGCGAGCAAGUCGCGUGAGGCCGCCAUGGCUCUGCUGGUGGUGCCACUGCUCCUGCGCAUGCUCAGCGACGCGGCCACCAAGGGCAUCGGCAACGGCAAUGGCGACGACGACAACACCGUGACCGAGCAGCGUGCCAUCACGGAAACGGCGCUGACAGUGCUGGCACGGCUGGUAGCCAACAAGGAGGUGCUGCAGAAGGCGGCCGUCGAUUGCGGCGCCACCGGGAUCCUCGCCAAGCUGCUGAAGGAGUCCUACGAGCCGUCACCGAGCCGAUCCCUGCUGCGGCCGUGGAAUCCAACGCCGGCUCCGUCGCGGACGGUCACGCCUGAUAUGGCCAGCCGCGGGGGCAAGAGCGACGAGGAUGACGACGACGACAUUGACAAUGAAGAAGACGACAACGACGCACGUGCCAGCAAGCUGGGCCCGGUGGGACAGAACGCGCUGCUGGCCUACCGGAUCCGCCUGCGGGCGGCGACGCUCAAGGCGAUCGCAGCGCUGAUCGCGUCAAAGUACGACUACCAGAAGCGGUUUGUGGAACAGGAGGUGAUGCCGUACGUGGUGGCUUCGCUGAGCCCGACACCGUGCAAGCCGCGAAACGCAAAGGAGCCGAUGAGGGUGCCUAAGGACGGCGAGGCGGCGGCGGCGGGCGGCGGCGGUGCAGACGAGGAGGUCGACCCUGAAUACGGCCGCAACCCGGUCGAUGUCCUGGUGGCGGCGUGCAACUGCGUGCGGAUGCUCUCGCGGUCAAUAGCGAUACUGCGGGUGACGCUCGAGGAUGCCGGCGUGGCGGCACCGGUGCUCCGGCUGCUACGACAUCCAGAGAUCGAGGUACAGAACGCGGCUACGGCAGUGGUGUGCAACCUGGUGACGGAGACGAGUCCGAUGCGAGAGCAAUUCGCCGAGGCGGACAUUAUGGGCAUCCUCUGCGGCCACGCACACUCGCACAACUCGUCCCUGCGGCUCAACGCGCUGUGGGCGCUGAAGCACUUUGUGGAUGGGGUCGAACCGGAGCGGAAGAAGGCCUGCCUCGAGCAGUUGGGCUCGGGCUGGCUGGUGCGGCUCAUUGCCCCCGGCAUGGAGGACGAGCCGUCGCUGUUUACGUGGGCUAAGAGCGGCGGCAGCAGCAGCAGCAGCAGCAGCAGCAACAAUAACAACAACAACCACUCCUCGAUGGACGAAGAUGUGGUGAUGGACUUGCCGGAUGUGGACGACGACAACGAUGAGGACGACGAGGACGAGGAUGAUGAGGACGGCAUCGAGGUGGCGGUGGCAGCAGCAACAGGAGCCGAAGUCGCGGGGCGGGCGGUGUCGUCGUCGCUGUACCGGGCUCGGUUUCCGCGAAUGAGCCACGAGCGUAGCCGGACCGGGCGGCUGCGGCAGGCGGAGGCGAAGCUGGCAAUGCUGCGGGAGGUGGAGCUGGCACAGCCGCGCAGGCACCCGAAUCGGAGCGACGACGUGGAGAUCCAGGAGCAGGGCCUUAACCUGAUCCGCAAUCUGAUCGGGCCCGGGCCCUCGGCAGGCGGAUCGGCCAACGACGCGCUGCGCGAGACGACAGACAUGAUCGACCACCUCUUCAGCGAGAUCGGGCAGGACCGGCUCUUCCAGAUCCUGCUGUCGAAGCUGCGGACGCGCGUGCUGCACGAGAGGGGGGGCAGCAACAUGGGCAGUGGUACUGCUAGCACGACCGGCACGACCAGCACGACCAACACGACCAACACACAGGCCCGGGUGCUCUAUCCGCACACCAAGAUCGUGGAGGCGGUCGUGUUCAUCAUGGUGCAUAUCUCGGCGAGCGUGCCGCGGCACCGGCAGCUGGUGGUGGCGCAGACGGAACUGCUCAAGGCGCUGGUGGCGCAGUUUGGUAGCCGUAACAAGGGCGUGCGGCUGGCGCUCUGCCACCUGCUGUCGAACCUGACGUGGCGCGAGGAUGCGGCCGACACGGCGUCGGUGUCGCUGCGGACGCUGGAGCUGAAGCGGCUCGGACUGCUAAACCAGCUGCAGGUGCUACAAGAGGAGGACGUCGAGCUGGACGUGCGAGAGCAAGCCAAGAUGGCCAUCCACCAGAUGGGGCGGGACUGA